UGUUACACUGUGCGCUUCGUAUACGCGCUUCCCCGUGCUUUUCUCCCUCGAUAACGGCGACGUGCUGCGAGGUACGAGAACGCGAAAAGCGAGCGUUUCCUUUCGCUUCACGCGCGACGUUCGCCGACAUAUCGUCCUGUCUCUCCUUGCUAUCUCUUUUUCGUCUUUUUAUCACUGCCGUAAAUCUUGUUCUUUCGUUGACCAGCGGCGACGAUCACCGCGAAGUUUGCCGCCGUCGGCAGACGGUGCGUUCGUUUCUCUCGUCCGUUUCGACCGUCCCGUUUGCGUCGGCGAAGGAAAGAGGAAGGCGACAGGAAGUCGUAAGGGUUAGAGGGAGAAUAACGGAGCAGCAGCACACACGAGACGACGAUCGACGCCGUCGCCGCCCUCGCCGCCCUCGCUGUUAUCGUCCGAUGUGUGAAAAGUGCACGAGUCCGCGAGAACGCGACGCCGACGAUAGUAUCGAUAGCGUAACGUGCUGAACGUUGCCUUACAAGAAACGCGCGGCAGUUUCAUACCGAACGGGGAACGCGCGCUCGCGCGUGUCCCGAUCGUCGUCGUUCGCACAUAACGUUCGCGUUACAAUUAAGAUCGCGGCAUCGAAAUCGGAAGUAAUCGCGCACGCGGAGUGGUGAGAGUCGAUCGCAGAAAUCAAGCGUGGAAAUUAAACGUCAUUGAAGCGAGAUCGAGCGGGCGAUAACGGGGCGUGCGAUCGGAGCGGCGAAGAUGUAUUUCAGAUGGACGAUGACGCCGCGACGUCUGUAUUGUCUGUAACAGUCGCCGCCGUCGGUUGGGUAAGAACGUCGCCGUAUUUACUAUUUAGUCGUCCCUCCACGCGAAAGUCCGCCGCCGCGAUCCGCGCGCGACGGUGUAUCGACGUGAAUCGCGCGGGUUAUGACGCGCCGCGCCGCUUAGGGACGCUCGACAAGCGCUCGUAACCGGAGCCCCGGAUAGCCGCGAGUGCGUGCGUGCGUGCGUGCGUGCGUGCGCGACAACGACAGCGACAGCGAUGGAGAACGACCCGGCGGCCAAGUCCUGGCCGUCGGGCCCGGGGACGGGCAAGGGAUCAUCGCCGUCCUGCCUGGAGGCGUCGAUGCCGCGGAAGUUCCGCGACGGGGACCUCCGUGCGGGGACCGCGGGCCUCAAUUGGGCGCUGUGCGCCCUCUGCCUCGCCAGCUUCGCCGUGUCCGGCGUGCUCUUCUACCGCGAGCUCGGCUUGGAGUCCAGGAUCGCGAGUCUGGAAGCACAGCUUGGAGUCCAGGAUCCCUCGUCGCCGGUGGAAGCCCUGGUGCAGAGGCUCAAGGCGGAGAUGCAGGAGCAACUGCGGCAGACGCAACGGCUCGAUUCCUCAGCGGUCUUCAGGCCCAAACGCGACAUCUCCGAGUGUAAUUGUCCUCCAGGUCCACCCGGUGAGCCGGGUCCACCCGGAAAGAGGGGUAAGAAAGGGAAGAAGGGCGAUCCUGGGGAGCCCGGUGCGCCGGGUGUGGCCGGGACGCCGGGCAAGAACGGUUUUCCGGGACCCAUCGGCUUGGACGGGCCCAAAGGUGAUCCGGGCCGACCUGGCGACAAAGGGCAGAAGGGCGAGCUGGGCAGCCCCGGAUUCGACGUCUUGUCCGCAGUAAAGGUCAAUGCACAGGGAUUGGGGUUAAAGAGGUCGGUGACGACGCUCCGCGGCGGGACGCUCGGCUACGCGGAAAUCGUCGCCCUCAAGGGAGAGCCGGGUGAACCCGGGCCGCCGGGACCACCCGGUCCGCCAGGAGCCGAGGGUCUUCCUGGACAUGAGGGCAGACAGGGGAUUCCAGGCGAGGUCGGCGCACCAGGGGAGAAGGGCCCGCCCGGGCCGAUCGGGCCCAUCGGCCCGACGGGCACGCCAGGACUUGCAGGUCCCAAGGGUGACAAGGGUGAUAAAGGCGAUCGGGGCUUCACGACGACCUUAAAGGGUGAGCAGUUUCCAAGUGGAGUAUUUGAAGGCCCACCUGGUCCACCAGGACCACCUGGAUCUCCGGGCGAGAAGGGAGAACUGGGCCCGACAGGACCGCCCGGCCUACCCGGCGAGAAGGGUACUCGGGGAAAGCAAGGGAAGAGGGGUUUCAAGGGUGAGAGCGGUUUGGCAUUGGCGAGGGGUGCCCCCGGCCUGCCGGGUCUGAAGGGUGAGCCCGGCGAACGGGGUUACCGGGGCGAAAAGGGCGCCAUGGGAGACGCGGGUUUAUCAGGGCCCAAGGGAGAGAUGGGACUGCAGGGCUUGCAGGGGCUCAAUGGAACCGACGGCGAUCCUGGUAUCCAAGGACCCCCCGGAUUACCGGGAAUAUCCGGACCCAAAGGUGAAAAGGGCGACUACGGCGAUAUUGGUCCCCCCGGCCUUAUGGGACCUCCGGGUCUACCCGGCCCACCGGGCUAUCCUGGACUGAAAGGCGAAAAGGGAGAGAAAGGCGAAUCGAAGUACAAAAAGCUCAGGCGAAGACAGGGAGAUGGCACGUUCGAGAUGAACGCCGGGGAAGUGAUAAUGGGCCCGCCCGGACCCCCAGGACCCGCUGGUACCCCCGGACUGCAGGGCCCACCCGGGAUCAAGGGUGACAGAGGACACGAUGGCGCCAAGGGCGAUCCUGGAGAAAAGGGUGCCAAAGGGGAUCCUGGUCCGAUGGGACUGCCCGGCCCCAUGGGACUGAGGGGAGAGUCCGGAAAGCCCGGGGAUUCCGGGAAACCUGGUGCCAUGAGUUUACAGGCGUGGAAUAGAUUCGUCGAGCAAUUCGAUGUCUGGCGACAACAAGAACGCGGAAGGGACGUCUUCCAGAGUACCGAAACUCGUGAAAGAGUUGGCCACACGAAGUAAAAGUUACGCCUGAAAAUCAGCGAUAUCGGAAUGAAGCUGUACAUGUCCGGUUACUGCCUAAAAUCAUUUUAGAAGACGGAUUCUUUGACGAAUUUUUAAAAGAGGCAUAUUUUCGACUUGUAUUCUCUAAUUAAAUUGCCUAAAAUUAUUGGCUGAGAAAGAAAUUCCGAUUCGUCCAAAAAUUCGUUGCUAAAAUAUAUAUCUUCCCGAGAGAUCAUCCAUGUAUAUUCGAUGUCGUGUAAACGAAGCCGCGGAGCCGCUUAUUCUGCAAAGAGUUUAAACCAGAUUCGGUGAAAUAACGUUAAUGAAUUAAUUAAUCCGCGGGCAAAGAGACCGCGAUGCCAUGGUGUUCGCUUUAACGAACUCCGUGAGAUUUGGUUUACGCCACUUUCUCAUAGUAAGCUGCUCGCUCUCGGUUCACGCGUUAACGCAUUGCUAUCAUCCGUCCUCUUAACUUACUCUACGUGUCGGCUUGAUAAGCAAGCGCCGCGCUCGCGCCGACCGUCGAGAACGGAUUCUCUCGAUCGAGACACGAGUAUUCAGAGUUUGGUGGAUCUAAAAAGAAUCCGAGCUUGGCCGUCCCGCUAAAUUUUGUGUCAUCAGCGAAAGAAAAGAAGCGUACGGACGUCGUUUCUCCGAACGAGUCAUUAAUAAUGUAAGCAUGUAAGAACUUCUCGAUCUUAUCGAAUUAAAUGCGAAAACGCUUUAGUGCUUUAGUGUUAUCGCACUAUUGCAGCGUGAAGUACGAUAACGGAGUGAAGUACGAUAUUAUUUCAUCGCGUUAUAUACGAAAUAUAUUUCGUAUACCUGAUAAUUUCGCGAUAUUUUAUCCCCUCGAAUCGCAUAAAUUUGCGUGGUACGUUUUGCAUAAAACUUGAGAAGCGUGCUUUUUAUUUAGAAGCUCAAUUUUUUAUUUCAAAUAAAGUAUUUUUUACAAACGUGACAAGAAGAAAGAACAAAAUUGGAUGAAGGCGUAGUUUUGUCGAUCCAGAAGUGUCGAAAAGUAAAAGUUUAAUUUUCGUCCAAACUAAUUUGACGAGCCUUGAGAAACAAUUUUCAGUCUGUCCCUUGUCUGGUAAAAUCUACUUUUCCGUUGUGCCUCUCUUGAGAAUAAUUCAGUCGGCUUGUACUUAACGAAAGCUCGCUCUCGCAGCAUUGCCGGCACCUAAUAAUAACCCAGCCAUUUAUCAUGAUUCCUCUUCGUUCUACAUUUCUUCGUAGCAUUCCAGUCGCAUUUCACGAAUCAUCAAGAACGUUCCGCACGGUUACAAGGGAAGGGAAAUUCUGUAAGAUAUAUUGAUGAAGAGGAAAAAGGAGGAAAGAGAAACAGAGGGGAAUAAAUAUUAAGACUCCCGAUCACAUCGCUAUUGUACUAAAUUGUAACGUCAAAAGCGAGAAAUCGGACGUGAUCUCUUUCUCUUGCUUGGUAGAAGUUAAAGAACAAAUGUAAAAACAAGAUUCAUAUCGGGGCACAGGUUGAUCGCGUUGAACAUUUUCCUGAUUACUCGUUGCUGGCGUCAGGAUGGCUUCAUCAGGAACAUCGAUAACGUCCCUCAUCUUUCAACACUGCUCGAUCAGGACGCGAGCGUUGAUAAAAAUCGCGUUGAUUGACAAUUAAAUUCGCUAAAAGCGGCUUCUCGCGCAGAAUGCAGCUGGAUGCGUUUUAAAUCAUCGCUUGCAUAAAGCUUGCAUAAAGAAGCAGCAGUCGAGGCGUGGCGGCGAAAGAGGGAGAACCGGUGGGGGCAAGUGUCGGUGUAUUCCGACUCCCUUUACAUUCGGCAAGCACCUUUUACGAGAGUCGUGGGAAACGUCGGUGAUAUCGCGCGUGAGCAUCGGUCGCGAGAAAAUUUCAUGUUCACCGAACAGUAGUAAAACCGUUUCCGAGACUGGCCGCUACGAAUAAUAAGUAGGAGGUACACCUUGUCCCUCCCCCUCUCUCUCUCUCUCUCUCUCUCCCUCUCCCUCUCUCUCUCUCUCUCUGCCUGCACUUUCGGCUUUUCCGCUCUAUCCUGUCGGGUGCACUAACGUGCUCGUAUCGAUAGUUUGCGACAUUUUCCUGCGGAACUCUAACGUAGCUGAGAAACACAAGUGCGUGACGUUUUCAUCAAUAAUAAAGUCGAUACGACAUGCUCUUUGGCGAUAUAAACUAAACGUCAACUACAUAAACGCUUGGUGGACGCGAUUUAACGUUUACGAUAGUCAAUAAUUUCGACAAGCGUUUCUCGGCGACGUAGUCGACAAAUUCGGAGUUUAACCGAGCUUUGUCCUUUUACAAAAGUGUUUUGCGAAUGCUGACAGAAAUGUGGAAGGGUCUCGAUAUCGAGAGUUACGAUCCUCAGCUCGGGAGUAUCGCAUGAUUUACACGCAAGAUGUAAUUACCGGUAGGUGAUCACACUCGGCCUAAGAAGAAUCUUAUUCGAAGUACAACGAGAUGCUCCAUGAAAGCAUCUUUAAAGACGAUCUCGAUAUAUAGGAAAGUCGAAGGUAUCGACUACUUCCUGUGAAAGAUCCGCGGUUGGUGUGCGGCUCCGGAUCGCAUGGAAAUUGAUUUACUCAAAAUUGUCCCUUCAACUUUAAAAUCCUAGAGACACGAUAAAUCGCAAGAAUCCUCUCAUCCAUCAUGAGCUGGAAUUAAUAACAAUUUUUCAACGGAAAUGAAUUUUUACACAAGAAUUGAUAACAAUCAACUGUGUCGAAUUCGUGUGAAAAAAAAAAUACUGUUGUAUCAAGCUACAGCACUUUGAGUCGUUUAAAUCAACUUCCGCGUUAAUCGAUCGCACACCAUCCUCGACGUCUAAAAAUACAAGAGGCAAGAAGAAUCG